GUUCCGAGGGGAUGCAGGGGAGCAAAGACGCCUUUGUUUUAUGUCCGGCGUGUGAACGGUUUGGUUAGGCGGAGAGCCGCUUGUUGGAAGAGAAAAGGAAGUCAUGUUCGCGCCUGCAGUGAGGCGGGCUCUGAAGAAGAGCAAGACGCUGCGCUACGGUGUGCCCAUGAUAGUACUCAUCAUUGGAGGAUCUUUUGGUCUCCGGGAGUUUUCUCAAAUCCGUUAUGAUGCAGUGAAGGCCAAGCUUGAUCCAGAAUUUGAAGAAAAACUGAAAAGGAAUAAAGUGUCAUUGGAAUCUGAAUACGAGAAAAUAAAAGAUUCUGCCUUUGAUGACUGGAAAAACAUCCGAGGCCCUCGACCAUGGGAAGAUCCUGACCUUCUCCAAGGACGAGACCCACAAACUCUUAAGUCCAAGAAAGCCUGAGGGUGCUGACUCACAUUGCUCUUUUUAAAUCAAAAUGUUGUUACCUGGCUAUCCCCGUUUGCUCCUGUGUCUAAGGAGGUGAAUAUUACAUGCCAGAAUAAGCCAACACAUGAGUAAUUGAAUGGCAAACAUGUCUAAAAAAAUCAAAUAGAACUCUUUGUACUUUCCAUCUGACCCAUUUGCAAAUGGAAGCAAUUGCACUGAAUGGGCACUUUUCAAUAAAAAUAAGUGUACUUCAUUGAGAA